GGAGCAGCCAAAUCGGCAGUGAAGGCCUCCUGCAUUGGACGCGGCGGCGGCGCCUUUUAAUUUUAUAGACGGCUCGUCGCGGCAGCUUGAAACGCGUCAACAUGUCUUGGCUUCAAUCCAUGUCCAUGCCUAACAUGGCAUGGCAGCGCAAGUUUCGCUGCCACAGUAUCAUGAUGCUGCAGGGCGCUGCGCGUGAGGAUGCUGAUACGGGUGGCAAAAUCUUUCUCCCUCCGGAUGCCCUCGAGGAUCUAGCGUCGCGCAACGUUCAAUAUCCCAUGAUGUUCAAGCUGCGUAACGAUAGCAUUGGCAAGGAAACCCAUGCUGGCGUGCUCGAAUUUACCGCGACUCCGGGCCACGUCUACAUGCCGGGUUGGAUGAUGCGGAACCUCCUGUUGCAGGAGGAUGAGAUCAUCACCGUGCAAAACUUGAGCAUGGUCACUUGCACUUACGCCAAGUUUCAGCCACAGUCCCCCGACUUUCUCGACAUUUCCAAUCCCAAGGCUGUACUGGAGAACACACUGCGAAAGUUCUCCUGUUUGACCGUCAAUGACAUCAUCGCUAUCAACUAUAAUAACAAAGUCUACGAGAUUGAGGUGCUUGAGGUUAAACCCGAAAACAGCGAUCAGGCCGUCUCUAUCGUUGAGUGUGAUAUGCAACUCGAGUUUGCAGCCCCAAUUGGCUAUAAGGAGCCUGAGCGAGUGCGGCCUGCUGCCAGCGAUGCUGCUACCCAUGCUGCGACUGCUCAAGUAAGUACCGCUGCUUGUUCACGCCGAUCUUCCACCUUCAUGCUCAUGCUCGAUGUCUCAUAA